AUGCUUUUUUGGGAUUUGACAAUGUUUGAGAGAAUUAAGUAUUUCUUUAGUGUUUUUAACAGACCAAUAUAUGUUGCAAAAGCUUCGGCUUUCAAUUACUUUGCAUAUGUUGUAAUUCCAAGUGAUGUUCAUAUUCCCAUGAAACCAUUCAAAAUAAUCGAAGAAAAUUCGAUAAGUUUGAAAAUUGAUGUGAAUAACGGAGAAAUGAUAAAUGAAUAUGAUUAUGUUCGAAAUGACGAUGAUGAAUAUCGAUUUUUCAAUGAAAAACAAUCAAAAUGUACCAAUAAAACAUAUUCCUGGUAUUCAACUUCUUUGAUAAAUUAUGAUGAAUUAUUCAAAAAAACUGCAAAAUCAUUGCUCGAUGAAUACAGAAGAAAUCUGAAUCGAUAUGAAUUCGAAGAUGUUCUUGAUAAAAACUAUUUUAUACUUUCAUGUGGAAAUAAAAAACUGAACUUGGAACAAUAUAAACAACAUCUCUCACUUCUUCAUAAAAACAUAGAAGUCGAUGAUAUUUCAUAUUCAAAAAUUCAACAGCUCACAGUUGAUGAAAAUCGUGAAAUUCACUUUCAAUACGACGGAAAAACAACAUUCAACGCUCAAUUUGUUGAAAAAGAUAAUCGAUACAAAUUAAUAUCAGAAGAACAAUAUUUCUGUCCAACAAUCCCAGUUUUAACAUUUCUAAUCAAUGAUAAUUCAACAGCUCGAAAUAUAGCUAAAAAUGCAGUUUUUCAUCUGACUCAAGCAAUUAUAAAUCGAAACUUGGCAACUGUUCUGAUUGGAGAAAUUGAAACUCUAAAUUGUGCAAAUCAAAAAACUUCAGAAAUCGUUCCCGACAAUAGUUUUCUUUCCAGAUUUUCGUUGAUAGAAUCAAUAAAACAAGGACAUUUGGAAAUAUCAAAAAAUCAACUAGAUUUUUCUACGAAAACUUUGGAAUUUGUUUUGAAUAUGAAGAGAACCGAAACAGGAAAACCAAUGACAAUUCAUUUCGAUGUAAAUUUGGAGAACAAAAAAUUCCAGUUGAAACUAAAUGAGUGUUUUUGA